AUGGCUCAAAUAAUUGUUCAAGUUUUGGUGCCAAUUAUACUAUUGGUGCUAUUGGAAGUGGCAGGGGCUACCCCCCCUGGAAUUGCCAAAAAUCCAAGCCAUGCAAGCUGCAAUAUAAAGAAGUACAAGCAUUGCUAUAAUUUAGUACAUGUAUGUCCUAAGUUUUGCCCUGAUGGUUGUACAGUGGAGUGUGCUUCUUGUAAACCUAUUUGUGUUGGGAGUUCAGACCCUCCACCAGAUUCUCCCACCCCUUCUACACCACAGAAUCCACCACCUACUCCUUCUACACCUGAGAAUCCACCACCCACAAUUUCAACCCCUCCAAUUAAUACACCUCCUACUCCAUCUACACCUAAUAAUCCACCAUCUUCAUCUCCUCCAACAUCACCAUCUACUCCUUCUACACCUGAAAAUCCAUCACCUCCAUCAUCACCUCCUUCACCACCACCCCCUACGUCUACUCCUGAGAAUCCACCACCAACACCUUCUACCCCUCCUUCAUCACCUACACCUACACCUCCAAAUCCACCACCGACUUCCUCAACACCUCCAACAAUUCCAUCACCAUCAACACCUGCUCCUUCACCUCCUUCAACAUCAACACCUUCUCCAACAACUCCAUCACCAUCAACUCCUGCUCCUUCACCUCCUUCAACAUCAACACCUUCUCCAACUCCUCCUGGAAGUGGUGAAUCUUCCUCACCCAAAACAGUAAGAUGUUCGAACAAGAACUACACAAAGUGCUAUAAUAUGGAACAUGUUUGUCCCAACCCAUGCCCUGGCGGGUGUGAGGUUGAUUGCAACACUUGCAAACCAGUUUGCAAGUGUGACAAACCAGGAGCUAUUUGCCAAGACCCUCGUUUCAUAGGUGGUGAUGGAAUCACUUUCUACUUCCACGGCAAGAAAGACAGCAACUUCUGCCUCGUAUCCGAUCCAAACCUACACAUAAACGCCCACUUCAUUGGCAGAAGAAACAACGACAUGAAGAGAGACUUCACUUGGGUCCAAUCCAUUGCUAUUCUAUUUGACAAUCACCAACUCUUUCUUGGGGCCCACAAAACAUCCACGUGGCAAGACUACAUAGACCACCUUGCCCUCACCUUUGACGGCGAAUCCAUCACCCUCGACGAAUCAGAAGGUGCCACGUGGACAUCCUCAACUGUCUCUGGUGUCUCCAUUGCUAGAACAGCUUCAACAAACAGUGUCAUAGUUGAAGUCGAAGGGAAGUUAAGGAUAACAGCCAAGGUUGUCCCUAUAACUGAAGAAGAUUCCAGAAUUCACAAAUAUGGAAUUACCAGAGAGGAUUGUUUUGCUCACCUUGAUCUUGGAUUCAAGUUCUUCUCUUUGAGCAAUGAAGUAAGUGGUGUGUUGGGUCAAACCUACAAGCCUGACUAUGUGAGCCGCGUGAAUGUUGGAGCAAAAAUGCCUGUAAUGGGAGGUGCAAAAGAGUUUGAAACUACCACCUUGUUCUCCCCAGAUUGUUCUGUGGCUCGUUUCGUUGGUAACAAUGCGUACAACGAUGAAGUUACAAUGAAUUUGAAGAUGGCUAUGCCUAGCUUGAGCUGUGUGAGUGGAAUUGAUGGACAAGGGGUUGUCUGCAGGAGAUAG